UGUGAAGCAAGGAAGGAUGGAGAGGUUCAACCAAUUACAUGGGCUCGAUUUUUUCGAAUCAAGGAGAAGAAAGCUGUAGCGGCUCGCUUGGAUCCCAACAACCGACGCGCUCGUCUCAUAUUCGGAAAUGCGACAGCUGCUCAGGCGGGAAAGUACCGUUGUGAAAUCCGUACCGAAGAUGGGGAAUUAGUGUUUGGAAAUAUGUUUGCCUACUCGCGUCCGGUUAUACACGGGAAUGCGUCUGACCCUAUGGAGGUAUCACCAUCAGAUCCAACGCUCGUCACUUCAGGACCAUUAUCUUUUGCCAGAGACUCUAACGCGACCAUUCACUGCCCGGUGUAUGCUUAUCCACAUCCACAAAUUGUAUGGUACAAAGAUGGAAUACCUCUAGAGUCCUCAGCUCGAGUUAAUUUCCAUAAAAAUGCUGUCGAAAUCAGUGGAUUGGAGGACACAGAUGCUGGCAUGUAUCGGUAA